CAUGACUGGUCACUCCACCGAGUCGAACGUCUGAAGCCGUUGCUGGGUCUUUACCGCCGGGCUUAAGUUUAAAUAUUAUAACAUCGAUAGUUAUACAUGUGCGUAAAAAGCCGGUCUUGCGAUCGAUUAAAGAGAUAACAUGGUCUGAGUUGAACACACGAGCUGUGGAAGAUCUCGUCUAUUGAAAGGUUUUAUCCAAGGGCUGAAAAAUUGCUGAGGACUACGGCGCUAUGAUGCACAUCUGAAGACAUCGCGACCGCAUGGGCUCGUAUCCUAUGCUGACCCAAUGGUUUAAUCACCAGGACUAAAAAUGAGCAUAAGCAGUGAUGAAGUCAAUUUCCUGGUUUACAGAUACCUGCAAGAAUCAGGCUUCUCCCACUCAGCAUUCACCUUCGGCAUAGAGAGCCACAUCAGCCAGUCCAACAUCAAUGGAGCCCUUGUGCCCCCUGCUGCCCUCAUCUCCAUCAUCCAGAAGGGCCUGCAGUAUGUGGAGGCUGAAGUCAGCAUCAAUGAGGAUGGGACCUUAUUUGACGGGCGGCCCAUCGAGUCGCUGUCUCUGAUCGACGCCGUAAUGCCAGAUGUGGUCCAGACCAGGCAGCAGGCCUACAGGGACAAGCUGGCCCAGCAGCAGCAGCAGCAGCAGCAGCAGCAGCAGCAGGCGGCCGGCAGCGGGACGGGGCCUCAGGGAAGCACCAAGAACGGAGAGCCUGCUGCCAACGGGGAGGAGAACGGAUCCCACGCCUUGGCCAAUCACCACUCUGAGAUGAUGGAGGUGGACAGGGACGUGGAAAUCCCGCAAAGCAAAGCCAUGGUGCUGAGAGGACACGAAUCCGAAGUCUUUAUCUGCGCCUGGAACCCAGUGAACGACCUCCUCGCCUCCGGGUCCGGGGACUCGACAGCACGAAUCUGGAACCUGAUUGAGAACAGUACGGGCGGGUCCACUCAGCUGGUUCUGAGGCACUGCAUACGGGAAGGGGGUCAGGACGUACCCAGCAACAAAGACGUCACCUCACUUGACUGGAAUAGCGAGGGGACGCUGCUAGCAACGGGCUCGUACGAUGGCUUUGCUAGAAUAUGGACAAAAGACGGUAACCUGGCCAGUACUUUGGGUCAGCAUAAAGGGCCGAUAUUUGCACUCAAGUGGAACAAGAAAGGAAACUUCAUCCUCAGUGCUGGCGUAGACAAGACAACAAUUAUUUGGGACGCCCACACAGGAGAGGCAAAACAACAAUUCCCUUUCCACUCCGCGCCCGCUCUGGACGUGGACUGGCAGAGCAACAACACGUUUGCCUCCUGCAGCACGGACAUGUGCAUCCAUGUGUGUAAGCUGGGUCAGGACCGGCCUGUCAAGACUUUCCAGGGACACACGAAUGAGGUGAACGCCAUCAAGUGGGAUCCCACUGGCAGCUUGCUGGCCUCCUGCUCCGAUGACAUGACACUAAAGAUCUGGAGCAUGAAGCAGGACUUGUGCGUCCACGACCUCCAGGCCCACAGUAAAGAAAUCUACACCAUCAAGUGGAGCCCCACAGGCCCUGGGACCAACAAUCCCAGCGCCAACCUCAUGCUGGCCAGUGCAUCGUUCGACUCCACUGUGCGUCUGUGGGACGUGGAGCGCGGCGUGUGCAUCCACACUCUGACCCGCCACCAGGAGCCCGUCUACAGCGUGGCCUUCAGUCCCGACGGCCGGCACCUCGCCAGCGGCUCCUUUGACAAGUGUGUCCACAUCUGGAACACUCAGACGGGUGCUUUAGUUCACAGCUACCGGGGGACCGGAGGAAUCUUCGAAGUGUGCUGGAACGCCACGGGGGACAAAGUGGGAGCGAGCGCGUCGGACGGAUCGGUCUGCGUGUUGGACCUGAGGAAAUGACACUCGUGAGGGGGCAGCAGUGGACCGACUACGAAUGUGUACAUAGCCAAAAUGAGGGACUGCCCCUGCCUGUGCGCCACACUGCUGCAGUCAGAUGCCGUCACUAUGUACACAAAAGAACCACACCGUCGCCACACACAGUUCAUAUGCACAAGCAUCAGGUCUGUACGGACACCUGUGCAAGCCGUCUCUGUAACUGUGCAAACGUGUCGGACCCAUCACGUGCGAACCAAAACGUUAGGAUUCUUCUUGCUUUCCUGUUUUAUGUCCUUUGUACCAGAAUUCUAAAGAUGUGUUCUUCUGUUGGUGUGUGCAUAUUGCAUAUGUCAGCAUUUGAUGUCCUGUGCACAUUAUUGUUUUGGAUUCGACUGAUCUCUGCAGGUUUUUUAUUACUGUACAUGUGGGGCGGGAGAGGAGGGGGAGGAGGGGGCAAUUAUUGUCUUUUACAAUGGUUGUUCAAAGCUGUUUAUCAGAUCAGUUCAUCAAUAAUGCAGAUGUAUGGCUGAGAAGAUGGAAUUAGUUUCUCAUUUUAUGGGCUCUUUUUUAUCUAACAUGUCCGAGUCACAAUUGAGAUUUUUCAACAAAGUUUAAAACAGUUAAUAAAAGGCUGAACUGUCCUUUGUUUUUGCAACUAUCCUUCAGAAAUGUUUUUCAGGUGUGCCCAAUUCAUCAGGUCAAUAUAGAGCGCUAAAGAACUCCCAUAAAAAAAGAUCUUUGUAACUGUUCUCUCAGUCUGCUGGCCAGAAAGACACCAACUCCGAUGUGAAGUCACCUUCCAGCGUCCGGCAGCAAACUCGCCCUGGUUGGGUCUCGAGCUCGUGAUCAGACGGCCGCCCUGUUCUUGUGUCCGUAGUGAGGCGACGAGCCAAAGGAGAAUCGUGCCCUGUGGGGAGGGAGAGGGAGGGAGGGGGGACAGCAGGUCUAUAACCGCUCGCAUCCAUCUGAUGUGAACAAAUAAGUCGUAAUUGUGCUUGUUUCCUGUAUUAAUGACUGGUUGCUAACUAAUGCUGAAUGAUGACCCGACUGCGCCGUGCUAAUCGUGUCCUGUUCCCCCGCGUGCUCAUUAAACAUCAGGCUUGAGUUUCACUUCCCGGCCGGAGUUUGUUUCCCAGUUGGUCCAGCAGUCCAGUCGUUGCCCGUCGGCCGAUGCAGGCAGCGGUGGCACUUUUGUUAGUGUUCUUGAGGCACGUCUGCUUGUUGAAUAGCAGAAUAUGACUCAAAGUAACAUGGCAUCAGCAUGUAAUUCUAUAUAUUGUAUCUGAAUAUAUUUGUGGGUUCACGGGUGAGACUUUUGUGCGCUAAUGGAGGCUUUUAAAGUUACUUCACGCUUGAAAUGGAGAAUCUGAGGUUUUUCUUGUUGGUUGUGACCAUGAGGAAUGUUUUUUUUCAAAUAAACUAAGAUUAAAGUCAUAGGAACGAAUGCGGAGAGAAAUCCUCUCUGAAGUUUUCUUUGCUUUUAUUCAAGCCGUCAUGGACGUCAUUCAAGCGUCUCAUUGAAAGAUGAAUCUGCAGAAAGUGUCUGACCUCUAAGAAGACGACUUUAUGGCAUUCCAUGUCUAAUCUCUCAGCCCUGACGACUAAUGGCUUAACGCACGCACACACACACACACACACACACCCCGUCAGUUACUUGUGUUGGAAGGUUUUGUACUGAAGUUAGAGUAUUUUGAAGUUUGCUUACCACAGUCAGCAGUGAUUGGAUCGUACUACAAAGACACUAUUUCCAAUGACAUCUAUGACGGUGGAAAGGUAUUUUAUAACAUUUUGUUUUUAGAUAAGUGUUUACACGGCUUUCAGGUGUGUGUUUGCUACUUUGUGCCGCUUCGGAAAGUACUAACCUUAUUCUAUCUUUGCUACGUCAGAGACCCCUUGAAGGUUUUGUACUUCUCAAAACUUUUGUAAUGAUUUAUUUGUAGCUACAUACACAAGAUGAAAAACUGUAAUGAAAUCUGGAUUUAAUUGUCAUUGUAUUAUCACAGAACAUGUAAAUACCAACUUCUUUUUGUUGCUUGGCCUUUGGCCUCACCGAUGUUGUACUUUCUCUUUCUCUCUCACUCACAUGGCUGCAGUCUGCAGCCUCCUGAACUGACUGUUCUCAACAUCACUCAGAUUUCAGAAGGUCUAUAAUAAAAUCUAUUUUGAUA